AUGUCUGCUUUGCUGGUGGUCUGGGCUGUGCUCCUGCCCUCAGGGUUCACCAGCUACCUGGCCAGCGGAGGGACGUCAUGGCGACAUUGCACAGACCUGCGCCCCCUGGAUAUUCUCUCGGAAGUGGUUCCGACUAGUGGUGUGAGAAGUGGGAUUCGGAUGCUCCAAGUGCAGGGGGCACGUGGGUUUCAGUUCUCUGCAUCAGCACGCCAUGCCCUGAGCUUCCCGGCUUCCCAGAUUUUCCUCUACUGUGACCUCUUCCCAGAGGAAUUCUCCAUCAUCAUCACCCUGAGGGUCCUCAGCGUCCCACCAAAGAAAAAUGAGUACAUCUUCACUGUGAUGAAGGAGGAGAGCAACACGGUGCUGGUUGGGCUCAGGUACUCGCUGAACAAACUCCACUUCCUCUUCUGGAGCAGAGAGCUCUCCAAUGGCUGGCAGACCCAGGUCACCUUCCAAGGCAUCUCCUUAACUGACAAUCAGUGGCACACGCUUGUCUUGGCCGUGUCUGGGCAAUUCUUCUCCCUGACUGUGGACUGCAGUAUCCCCAUUGACGUGGUGGUGGAUACACCCUUCCCUGCAUCCUUGUCCGUGAAGGGAUCCAGGUUUUAUAUUGGGAGCAGGAGGAGAAGGAAAGGGCUAUUCACGGGCUUGUUAAGACAGCUAGUCCUGUUGCCAGGAUCUGAUGCUACCUCAAGGAUGUGCACUAACAUGAACUUUAAGCUAGCAGUGCUCUCCAUCCCCCCAGUACUGCAGGAUCUCCCAGUGAAGCCAGCGAGCAAUGAGGUGCUGAAAUACCCUUACGAGGCUGACAUGAAACUGACUCUGGGAUCCCGACCUCCCUGCACGAAGAAUGAAAAGGCCCAGUUCUGGUUUAAUGCUUCUCGGAAAGGGCUCUAUCUAUGUGAUGGGAGUGCCUGGGUCGCCAUGCUAGAAGUCAAAGAGAGGCUGGACUAUGUAGAAGAAUAUCAGAACUUGAUGACCAACUCUGAAACCAUGGGCAUUGAGAUCUUCGUCAUUCCAAAGGUCGGGUUUUUUGCAGCCACAGCCAAUCGGUAUACUCCGCCUGGGUCAGCUAUCUACAAAUGGACUGAUGGGAAAUUCCAGUCUUACCAAAACAUCCCCACCUACCAAGCUCAAUCCUGGUGCUAUUUCACCAUAGGAAAAAAGAUCUUCCUAGCAGUGGCUAAUUUUGAGCAGAAUGAAAGGGGUCAGCAGUUCUCUGUAAUUUACAAGUGGAGCCACAGAACAGAGAAAUUCUUCCCGUACCAGCGGAUCGCCACGCACAGCGCUAGGGACUGGGAGGCCUUUGACAUUGAGGGAGAGGCCUUCCUCACGGUUGCCAACCACAGAGAAGGGGAUAAUCACAACAUCAAUAGUGUCAUAUAUCGGUGGAACCCCAGGACUAGACUUUUCGAGGCCAACCAGACCAUUCCUACCUCUGGAGCCUACGACUGGGAAUUUUUUACUGUUGGACCUUACUCUUUCCUGGUCGUGGCCAACACAUUUAAUGGCACAUCUACGAAGAUCGACUCCCACAUCUACAUCUGGCUUGGUGGCUCCUUUCAGCUCUUCCAGUCAAUCCUGACUUUUGGUGCUGCCGACUGGGAGGUCUUUCGCAUUGGAGACAGAAUCUUCCUCGCUGUGGCUAACAGUCACAGUUACGACAGUGGAACCGUAGUGCCAAACAACUACUACGCCAUCAACUCCUCCAUCUAUGAGCUGAACAUCACGGCACAGAUGUUUGUCAAGUUUCAGGAUCUUCUCACCUACAGUGCUCUGGACUGGGAAUUCUUUUCAGUGGGAGAAGAUUAUUUUCUGGUGGUAGCAAACUCCUUUGACGGAUUCACCUUCUCUGUGAACAGUAUUAUAUACAGGUGGCAAGGGUAUGAAGGCUUCGUAGCGGUUCAUCGUCUUCCGACGUUUGGCUGUCGAGACUGGGAAGCAUUUCACACAACGGCGGGCUCCUACCUCAUGUACUCGAGUGCCAGGGAACCACUCUCCAAGGUGCUGAAGCUGAAAACCGUGUGAUCAGCUAUUCAGUGAUGUCUGUUUGCUGCCAGGAGUGGGGCAAACCCAGGCAAAGAAGCAACUUGUCUGGCUCGGCCCAGGCUAGAAUUAUCCCCCUGCAGGAAAUACGCCAACUCAGGAUUGCUGGGAAAGUCUGAAGCCGAGACAAGAAGAGCCUCAGCGCCAAAUCCCUGGGGUUGGUUGAGCUGUGCUCUGCGCAGGACCUGGACAGACAGGGAAAGUGGUUCUAUGGCACCUUUCCCAUUCCUCGAUCCAGGGGCUGGCCAGGGCACCAUGCAAGCCCAGCUACGGCUUGAGCCAGAUGGCGGCUGUCAGGCUGGUGCCGUUCUGAGCUCGGAUAACAUGCAGCAGUGGAGAUGGUCCGAGGGCACAAUCUAGUUCUACGUUCAAACCCAUCCUAGGCAGCCAUCUGUUAGCUCACUCUGCAGCAGACCCCAGCGGGUGAGAACACCAGCUCUGAGGAGUGUCCAGCCUCCAUUGGAUUGGUCUGAUGCACAAGCCUUGCAUGGUUAUGUCCUCUGGUAAUGCUGCCCAUGUCCUCCAAGGUGUAUUGAUCCUUGUUUCCAUGUCCACCUGCCUGUAAUCCUGAGGUGGCGUGCAGUGUCUGUCUAACCUCCUCCCAUUGUUGUUGUUGUUUCCAGUCAUUUCCUGUAAGUGACGUGUUUAUAUUGCAGAAAUCAAUAGGUAUAUUGGAGAUGUAAUGAUUUAUCACUUACAAUGAUGGAGGCAGUGGUGGCAGUUCCACAGUUACGGCUGCACUGAGAUUUGCACUUAGAGGGAUUUUAGUCAUUAGAGUAGCAGGGCAGAUCCUCAGCUGGUGGAAAUCACCCUCGCACCAUUGACCCCUUGCCCCCGAAUCUGGCGAAGUCAUUUUCCCAUGGAAGCGUCUGUUUAAUUGUUUUAAUGAGAUAUUUACUCACAGUCACAGAGGAAACAUUGCAAAAUGCUCCAGUUGCAAUUUUGUCCUGUUUUUCUCGUCCUUCU